CCAUCUCCAGAAGCUGCUUUAUCAGGAGCUACGUCCAACGCAAGAGAAGCUAGCCAUUCACACGUCUGUUCAAGGGCUGUUUUGCUGUAACACACUAGAAUAACACUGCGAGGAUGGAGAUGCUAUACAUACCCGAGGUGGAAAUGGCUGUGGGUGACAAUCUCCCAAGUAACCCACAACCAGUUGUAUUUAAAGUGGAAAACUUCACCAUUGCCAACAACCAGUUGCACCACAGCCAGACCCUGACACACUCUAUUCCAAUCAACAUGCCUGAUAUUCCACUUCCAACAGAGAAGUUUUUUGACUCUCUGCAGUACCAGCCUGCUUCUUACAACAACAAUUUAAGCCAAAAAGACGAGUAUUUGCAGACCAUUUUUGAUCCUAAUGGUGAGAGGAAAAUAUCCAAAAAUGGGUACUUGUUUGACUACCCAAAUAAACAGUUUGUGGUCUCGACUUUUACAUUGCCUGGAAGAGGGAAAAAACUAUAUUGCAUGGCUGCUGAUAUUUCAAAAGAACUACAAUUUAGAGAUUCCUACUUAUUUUUGCACAAGAACAAAUCCUUAUUGAAAUAUACAACCACUGAUCAGGAUAAACAGUUCCUAAUAAAAGAAGGGGUCUUGCAAAAUGUAUUCAAAUCAAGAUCCAUUGGAGUGAUUACAAUUAGAUCGCUAUACUUGAUCUAUGGAGCAAGAUUAAUUAAAAAUGGCAGAAGAAUAGUUGAUGAUUAUUGGGAAGAUAUGGCAAGACAAAAGGGCUUCACUGAAAAUGAUCCUGUUUACAACUAUACCAACGAAGAAAUGAUAAAAUUGGGAAAAAUGGAACCAUUUCCUUCUAAAAUCUUAUCUACUUCAAAUGCAAUUAAUGCUCUCAACCAAUCAAAAUCUGCAAACGCCAUUUUAAAUAACGAUUUGUCCUCAUACAGCAGUCCAAAUAAUUUAAUGGGUAUGGAUGGCAGCUAUUUGUCUAAAAAUUCCUCAUUUGAUGACAGAAAUCGAUUCUUAGCCACUGGCUCUAACAACAGUUUUAUUGGUAGUAAUAAUAAAAAUAACAAUGCUCUUUUAUCACAACUAAACAUGCUUUCAAAUUCAAGAUCAAAUUCUUCAAAGUUUUCUUUGCCCAUAUCCAACCCUAUUUCUCUAACUUCGCUAAAUUCCUUUUUCCCUUCAAGUAGUCAGUUCAUUAAAUCUCUUCCCCAUUUUUCAAAUAAACACACUGCAAUACACACAAAGAAACACAAUCUUUUAAUUAAUGGUGCAUUGGCUGAUUCCUACAAUCUCUCUUCUUUAAUAAAUCAUUCAAAAUAUAAGGAAUACUCUUUUCCUUUUAUCUUCAAAUUAAACUACCAACAAAAUGAAUAUUUGAAACAAAACUUAAUUGCUUUAGAUCCUACUUUGGAAAUCCGUCAAAAUUAUUUGUUAUCAUCCGGAGUUUCAAUCAUCCCAUUGGGUUCAACUCUUAAUCCUCCCAAUUUCAACUCAAUGACAUCAAGCUCAAAAUCAAUUUCUGUCACUUCUUCACCUUUAACACUCGCUCAACAGCGUUCACUAAUUACCUCUCCUGGUGGCUCCAUUCCUCAAUCAAUUCCAACUUCAUUAUUGAAUGGCGAAAGUUUAAUUACUGCCACUGGCGAGGGUCAAUUGUUUUAUAUUGGUUGUAUCCAAGGUCAGAACAUUCUUGGGGGAAUUGAUUUGCUAAAAGAUUUGAGUAUGCCCAGUUAUGAACUGGCUUUAGAAAGUUUGAAAUUGUCUCAUAGUUUCUAUUUAUCUGACGAAAAUGAAAAACUUUCAUCAAGAAAAUCAACUACACCUGAAUCGUUUCAACAACAAAACAAGCACCUUGAAACUGUUUUAAAUAGUAAUAAAAAAGCAAGAUCCCAGACCCCACCUAAUUUUUCAGCUUCUAAUUCUCCAAAUCUCUCUCAUGCUCACAAAAUUAACAAAAAUUUAUCUUCACCCAUGACCAAAAAAGAUAGAAUGCUUCAGAAUUUGUCUGAUACAUUUUCUCCUCAGUAUUCCACUAAUAGUAAGAUUUAUCAAAACAAUUCUGAUAAUAACCAUCACAAUCAUCAUCACAACCAUAACUACCACUAUCACCAUCAUAACCAUCAUUCAAAAGGUGGGGCAGGAUUACAAGAAAUUCUUCUGAAUCUACCAAUCACAACAGAUUCUCAAUUGAUUAAUCAUAAGAGUAACAUUGGUUUGCCGUUUUAUGAUUUACGAUAUAUUAUUCAAAGAUUAAUAGAGUUACAGCAUGAUGAUUAUUUUUAUGAUAUACAAAGUUUGAAUUUGAAAUCAAAUACUGAUGAAAAUAAUACGUUGCAUAUUUCAGAGAAUAAUGAAUCAAGUUUAACUGGAACUCCAAUUUCUAAUAUAGACGACAGUGGAAUAAAUGAUUUGAAAUCUGAUAUUAAUAUAGAAUUUAAUAAUAAUAAUAAUAAUAAUAAUAAUAAUAAUAACAAUUCAAGCAAUAUUGAUGAUAUUGAUGAGGCUGGUAUUAAUAAUCUUAGUGAAAAUCUGAGCAUAAAUGUUGAUUUGGAUGUUAAUAUGAAUAAUGUAGACAAUGAUUUAACAGAAAGUAAAAAUAAUUAUGUAAAAGAGAAAGAAAAGGAAAAAGAAAAGGAAAAGAAAAAGGAAAAAGAGAGUGGUAAUAACCAUAUCUUUUCAAUAAUCGAUCAUAAAGAUUUGCAUCUCAAACCCAAAGCUACAAGAGGUAAGUUCAGUAAUUAUGAAUACCAAUUAAUCGGUAGAAGAUCCAAAAAAGAAAAAAUUAAAACUUUAGAAAAUGAACAUAAUACAGUGGUAAUAAACCAAACUCUCACAGAUUUCAACAAAGUUCGUCAGAAGCAAUGGAGAUACUAUUGGUUUCAGCGAACUGGUGGAUAUGAGUUGGUAAAAAAAAACAUUAAGUAUAAUGUCAAAGAGGAAUUAAAAAUCAAAUUGAAACAAAAAGAGAUUGAGAAAUUAGCCAAGGCAAAAGAAAAAGAACUUGAAGAGUCUACUAAACUAGAAGGAGCGAAAGUGAGUAUUCUGGGAUCAGAUGUGGUUGUUACUAGCGAUAACAAAGACUCAAAAAAAGAAAAUGAUGAAGAUGAAUAUGAAGAAAAAGAAAAAGAUGAUACCAAAGAAAUUAAAGAUUUGGAGGACAUGUUAACAAAUUCCAAGAAUAAAAAUUAUCCCAAUUUGAAUAUUCAAUUUGACAUAGAUAACCUUGAUCUAGAUGUAGACUCAGAUGAGGAGGUGAUACAUAGUCAAGUGCAGCCUCUACCAACCAACUAUUCGCUACAGCCAUUUGAAGUGGAGAAGCUAAAGCAGGAGAGAAGAAGAUAUGAAAAAACAAUUAGAAAGGAAAUAAUCAGUGAUUUAGCUGAAAAAAAGAAGAAUGAGGAGCUAGAAACCGAAAAAGCAAGCGCUGACAAUAAAAAUAACAAUGAGAAUCAACUAAAAGAAGAAAACAAACAGAACAGCGGUAUGGAGCCAGCUGCCACGGUGGAACAGGAAGUAAAAACAGGAGAACAAACAGAAGCAGCGGGAGGAGAAGCAGCAGCAGCAACAGCAGAAGCAAAGACCCCAAUCACAGUCCACAUCACAGGCACUGAGAUCAUGGAGGAGAUGAACAAAAGAGUGCAGUUUCAGCAGAUGCUCAGAAUCAACAAGGUGAAGCGAAGAAAGCCCAAUCCGAACAACAUCAACUGCUGCAACAUCAGAUAGCGCUUUGGUGGAAGAGAUGGUUUUGGUGACUGUGGUGCUUUUGUGUCACCUGGAAGCUGUUUGAGUGGCAUCUGAAAGGAGUGGAGGGGGCCAUCAAACAGGU